AUGGGCCUGGCCAGAAAGAAUCUGGCCCGAGCCCAGAGGAAGCAGAAGGCCUUGUAUGACCGCACAGCGUGGGCCCGCGCCUUCGCCACCGCGGAUCAAGUGAUGGUUCUCAUCCCCAUUAAAAGCCUGACGCUCUACCAACUGAGCUACCUAGGCCUGUUGAGACCAUCUUUACCGUUCACUACAAGAGCGAACAGCGGGGCCUUGGGCGGGGCAGGGAGCGCAGCGCGGAGGCUGCUCCAGCCCUGCAGCCCGCGGGGCAGCGCGGAGGCACCACAAAAGUAUCUGGCCCCUCUGGGAAAAGAGGGAGAAGCAGCUAAAGCCGAGGAGGAGCGACAAAGUGAGGAGCUGCUGAAACAGACGGCAGCCGAGAGGCAGAAGAUCGUCGGGGAGUGGCAGGAGCUGCGAGGGUGUCUGGAGGAGCAGGAACAGCGUCUGCUGGCCCGGCUGGAAGAGCUAGAGAGAACCAUUGUUCAGAGAAGGGAUGAGGGCGUCUGCAGCUUGUCGUGGGAGAUUUCCCUGCUCAGCGAGAGGGGAGGAGAGAAGGGGCAGCAGCCGCUGAGCCAACCCCUGCAGGGUGUUGGGAGCACUGGGGGCAGCAGGGAGGACAGGACAUUUCGGAAGCUAGAGCCGUCGUUUGCGGAGCUGGAGAAGAGACUCAGCGAUUUUUCUCUGAAAAGUGCCAUGCUGCAGGAGGUGGUGCUGAGAUUCAAAGAGACGCUGCGACGGGGGCUGGGGAGCGACACAGCCAUCCCGAUGAUAAUUAAUUUCUGGGAAACAUCCUCAGCAGAAUUAUUUGAAGGUGUUGUACCAGACAGUAAAGGCACAGAGGCAGUGGCUUGUGGGAAAGAGGGCGGCAGAGUAACGCCCACCUUUGGCUCCAGAUUGUCCCAGCCUCCUACGGGACAGGGAAGGGACCUGGCUGUAGUGGAGCCAGUCCAGGGGCCGGUGACCUUCGAGGAGGUGGCUGUGUAUUUCACCAGGGAAGAGUGGGCUCUGCUGGACCCCACUCAGAGAGCCCUCUACAGAGACGUCAUGCAGGAGAACUAUGACAGUGUGACCUCGCUGGGGUUUCCAGUUUCCCAACCUGAUGUGAUCUCCCAGCUGGAACAAGGGGAAAAGUCAUGGGUCCUAGACCUCCAGGGUUCAGAGGAAAGAGAGAUCCUGAGAGCUCCCUGCACAGCAGGUGAUGCAAUGGUAUGUGAGAAAGAGGAGCAGAAUUCUCAGCAGGAAAAUGUUGAGCAAGUGGAUGGACACAGAGAAUUAUUGCGAAGAUCAAAAAGAAAUGUGUCGAAGAGUCAUGAGCAGGGAAGAUCAUGGGAGACUCAGUACACAGCAGAAAGAGAGCAUGGAAAACAGCCAGGAGAGAAAAUGGGUAAAUUUAUUUCCUGUCGGGGAAGUCAGAAAAGUGUCAAGGAAACCACAACACAGCAGGAAAUCCUCAUGGGCAAGAGGGAAAAUACAUGCAGUGAGUGUGGGAAAAACUUCACUCGAAGAUCAGCCCUUUCUGAUCAUCAGAGAAUCCACACAGGGGAGAGGCCCUAUGGAUGCAGUGAGUGUGGGAAAAACUUCACUCGCAGCUCACACCUUAUUGCCCAUCAAAGAAUCCACACAGGAGAGCGGCCCUAUAAAUGCUGUGAGUGUGGGAAAACUUUCUAUCGCCACUCGAGCCUUAUUGCCCAUCAAAGAAUCCACACAAGGGAGUGGCCCUGUAAAUGCAGUGAGUGUGGGAAAUACUUCACUGAGAGCUCAGCCCUUUCUGCACAUCAGAGAAUCCAUAUGGGGAAGACGCCCUUUGAAUGCCAUGAGUGUGGGAAAAUCUUCAGUCGUAGCUCGCACCUUAUUAGGCAUCAGACAGUCCACACACGGGAGAGGCCCUAUGAAUGCAGUGAGUGUGGGAAAACCUUCAGUCACAGCUCGCACCUUAUUAGGCAUCAGACAGUCCACACAGGGGAGAGGCCCUAUGAAUGCAGUGAGUGUGGGAAAACGUUCAGUUUCAGCUCACAUCUUAUUAGGCAUCAGACAGUCCACAGAGGGGAGAGCCCCUGUGUAUGCAGUAAAUGUGGGAAAACCUUCAAUCACAGCUCACACCUUAGUAGGCAUCAGAGAUUCCACACAGGGGAGAGCCCCUUUGAAUGCAGUGAGUGUGGGAAAACCUUCAGUUGCAGCUGGAACCUUAUUAGGCAUCAGAAAAUCCACACAAGUGAGAGACGCUAUGAAAGCAGUGAGUGUGGGAAAACCUUAGGGCCCAAAGAAAUUUUGUCCAACUCCACUUCCUAGUUCAGUGUGUCUCAUUACAGUUCCAGAGGAUACCAGGGUUAGAUUGAGAACAAUCAUCCUUCACCGUUUGGAUCUAAAGAGAGAGUGCUUCAUAGGACAGUCCUUCCCCGUGGAUCCCAAUCUGGCUGCCUGAGUGGGUAACAAGGACCUUCAGGCUGUAGAAAUGAUGGUAACCAAUGAGGCAACAAAUGUGUCAAGCUCCAAUUUCAGAUUUCUGGAUACUCACAUGUUGAGCCCUGAUUCUAAGGUUUUGUGUCUGAUGCUCUGGCUGCACAAUAAAGCUGAUGUUGGUGCAGCUGUAGCACUGCUAUUACAGAUGCUCUCCACCAAUGGGAGAAAUCUCUUCCCUGGGAUUUAUUAGUCUAGCCCCACAAGCGGCAGUGGCUAUGUUGGCAGGCAAAGCUCUCCUGCUGAUGUAGUGUUAUUUCAUGGGAGGAGGGUUGUGUAACUACAUUUCUCACCAGUGUGUAUUUUUCACACCCCUGAGCAAUAUAGUUACGCCAAUAAAUGUCUUUAGUGUAGAUUAGACCUUAGUUUUCUCUUGUUUUAUAUAUUUACAUCACUUCUCCUCUACCACCUCCUACUUUGAAAGAUUAAAGAGUGUGACAAGAGAGAUAUUUUCCCCCAUGAUGCAAACAUUCCCAUAUAGGAAACCCCUUCCACCAACACACAUGGCAAAAGAGCCAGAGAUAUAUGAACUCACAUAUAGUGUAAGGAGUUCUGGUAGAAAACCUCCCUCCAAAGGUUGGGGUGGGAGAAUGUGUGUGAGAAAGAGUGUGUAAGAAAAUAUAGGCCUAGUAUAGAUUUAAAUUUUUUGUAUUUCCAAUAGAACUUAUUUUGCUUAGCUUCAAAGUUAAUUUCUAUUAAAAGGAAAACUACUCGAGGAGACAAGUUGUAUAAGUUUUUACCCACUUAGCCUGUAAGAGUCACUGAGUUCCUCAAUUCUCUAAUUUGCAAAGAAAAGACAUCUGUCAUAGAAUGUGUCUAACAGAUAGGAAAGCUGCAAUCGUCAACCAUCAAUAUCAAAGAAAAGGAUGGACUCCAGUGCCUUUCCUGUCUAAAAGCCGGCUAGAGGCUGAUCUACAAUGAAAAGCUAUGUUGACAUAGCCACCUCUCUCAGGGGUAUGAAAAAUCUACUCCACAGAGUAGUAGUUAAUGUGAGCUCCAGUGCAGACAGGGUUGGGUUGGGUUGUCAGAAGACUACUUCCAGUGUUUGAAGUGUAGACAUAGCCUUAGGGCUGGUCUACAGUACGCGGUUAUUUCGGAAUUAGCUGAGUUAAUUGGAAAUAAAACUGAUUCCGUCCACA